GUAAACAUUACCUAAUCUGCUUUUCUUUUUAUGAAUCAAAAAUACAUUUUUAUUCAUUUCUGUUCAAAGUUUAUUACCUGUAAGACAAUUUAAAGAUGUUUAGGAUAAUACAAAAUGUUGGCCAGUCCAGUAGAAAGACGUUACUUAAUUUGGAUCGAUCAAGGGAAUUGUACAGAUGUUUUUCACAGUCAAUAAUCGAUGAACAAUUUCAAAAGAACAUUAAUAAUGAUGAAAACACAACUUUUCAAGCUUUUACUGAUCAAAGUGUAAUUCCAUUCGGAGAUCCUAAGCAAAACCUUUUAAAGAAUUCAACUCAACGAUAUGUUGCUGAAAAAGAAUCAAUUGGACUUAAUUCAAAGACUUUUUCAGAUCCAAAUAAACUGUCAGAUGAUUCACGCGAUCCUCCAGAACAAGAUUGUAUCCCUGAGCCGAAGAAUCUCGAAGACGAAACCAAAACAACUCCUUUGGACAAGUAUGAUAUCAUCUUGAGGCCUCCGCCUUUAGUUGGAAAGAUCCAUGCUAUUAUAGGACCAGUAGUCGAUGUGUACUUUCCAGAUAAAAUUCCAAAUCUUUUUAAUGCCAUCGAGAUAAAGUGGGAUUGCUCACAAAAGCUUGUUUUGGAGGUUUUUCAUCAUAUUGGCAACAAUAUUGUCCGUACUGUUGCAAUGGACAGCACAGAGGGCUUAGUGAGAGGCAUGGAAGUUGUCGAUACUGGUUAUCCCAUUAGAGUACCCGUGGGUAAGGCUGCACUUGGACGCAUAAUUAAUGUUAUCGGCGAACCUAUUGACGAACGUGGUCCCAUUGAAACACAACAAUAUUCCUUUAUUCAUGGUGAACCUCCAGUAUUGACAUCUCUUAAUGUGGAGCCAAUGCUUUUUGAAACUGGAAUCAAGAUUAUAGACCUUUUGGCACCUUAUGUGAAGGGUGGAAAAGUUGGUCUUUUUGGAGGGGCUGGAGUGGGUAAGACUGUUCUGAUCAUGGAACUUAUAAAUAACAUUGCCAAAAAGCACGGAGGGUACUCGGUGUUUGUGGGUGUUGGUGAGAGAACUCGGGAAGGAAAUGAUCUUUAUACGGAGAUGAUAGAAUCAAAUGUGAUCUCUCUGGAUGAUGAUAGUUCCAAAGUUGCCUUGGUCUAUGGACAGAUGAAUGAGCCACCAGGAGCCAGACUCAGAGUUGCUUUGACAGGUCUUUCAAUAGCAGAGUAUUUUAGAGACGUUGAAGGUCAAGAUGUUUUGUUAUUUAUUGACAACAUAUAUCGGUUCACUCAAGCUGGAGCUGAAAUUUCAGCACUCUUGGGAAGAAUACCAUCGGCAGUUGGCUAUCAGCCCACAUUGGGAACAGACAUGGGAACAAUGCAAGAGCGAAUAACAAGCACAACAAACGGAUCUAUAACCUCAGUGCAGGCCGUUUAUGUUCCAGCUGAUGAUCUUAGUGAUCCAUCUCCAGCUGCAACUUUCUCUCAUUUAGAUGCAACAACAGUUCUGUCAAGACAAAUAGCUGAAUUGGGCAUAUUUCCGGCAGUUGAUCCCCUCGACUCAACAUCAAGGAUUAUGGAUCCCAAAAUUGUGGGAUUCAGGCAUUAUAAUGUUGCCCGAGGUGUACAACAAUUAUUGCAAAGUUAUAAAUCACUCCAGGACAUCAUAGCUAUUCUUGGCAUAGACGAAUUGUCAGAAGCAGAUAAGUUGAUUGUAGCAAGAGCUAGAAAAAUUCAGCGAUUCCUUGCACAACCGUUUCAAGUAGCUGAAGUCUUUACCGGGCAGCCUGGUAUUCUUGUCCCACUUGAGAAAACAAUCGAUGGUUUUGAAAAGAUACUCAAUGGUGAAAUGGAUGAUUAUCCAGAGAUUGCUUUCUAUAUGGUAGGAAGUAUUGAUGAUGUCCAUGAGAAAGCUAGAAAGUUAACUGCUGAACUAGAAAAUAUGUAGAUUUUAUUUGCGCCGUUAUUUUUCAAAACAAAACAAAUGUUGAAACUUGUUAUUAUUUAUAAUUUUAAUUUUAUACUUAAUAAAUUUCAGCAAAUGAGUUUUCAA